AGCUGGUUGCCGGUAACUGCAUCUCGGAAGGCAAAAUGGUGGUACUCGACUUUCCAUAAUGUAACUGCCAUGGUUGGCGCCGGCGUCCUAGGCUUACCAUUCGCCAUGUCCCAACUCGGCUGGGUUCCUGGUAUCACAACUUUAAUAGUUUCAUGGUUGGUGACGCUUUACUCGCUGUGGCAACUGGUUGAACUGCAUGAAUUUGUGCCGGGAAGGAGAUUUGAUCGAUAUCCAGAACUAGGACAGCAUGCUUUCGGCAAAAAUCUUGGUUAUUGGAUUGUCAUGCCUCAACAGUUGAUGGUACAGGUGGCCUCCGACAUAGUAUAUGUGGUCACCGGAGCAAAAUCAUUGAAGAAGUGUGCUGAUCUGCUCCUGCUCUCUCAUGAAAAGCUCCUCAAUCAACUUAGGCAGACAUAUUUUAGCAUCUUCUUUGGCUUUUUGCAAUUGAUAUUGUCCCAAACCCCCAACUUCAAUUCCUUGAAACUAGUUUCCUUGCUUGCUGCCGUCAUGUCUUUCAGUUACUCGAUGGUAGCUUGUGUGGCAUCAAUAUGGAGGGGUAUCAAUAUCCGACAACACAACCAAAACAACGACAUUAUUAAAUAUGGAGUUCGGUCUCAUACCAUUGCUGGUAUAGUGUUUGAUGUGUUCACCAGCCUGGGCACCAUUGCCUUUGCAUUCGCAGGGCAUAGUGUGGCGCUUGAGAUUCAAGCAACGAUCCCUUCGUCAGCAGAGAAGCCCUCAAAAAAGCCCAUGUGGAGAGGAGUGAUGGUAGCUUAUGCCAUUGUUGCGUUGUGCUAUUUCUCAGUGGCAACCUCUGGCUACUGGGCUUUCGGGGUUGAUGUUGAAGACGACGUCCUUGUUUCACUAGAGAGACCCCGUUGGCUCGUUGUUACUGCCAAUUUUAUGGUCUUCCUACAUGUCCUUGGGGGCUAUCAGGUUUUUGCAAUGCCAGUGUUUGAUAUGAUAGAAUGUUACUUGGUUCAGAAGAAGCAAUUCACUCCUGGGUUGUCUCUUCGCCUCAUUGCACGCAGUGCAUAUGUGGUUCUCACAGCCUUCAUUGGAAUUUGCAUUCCAUUUUUCGGAGGGUUAUUAGCGUUUUUUGGAGGGCUAGCAUUCGCGUCAACCUCAUACUUCCUCCCUUGUAUCAUAUGGCUGGUCCUAGAUCAACCUAAGAGAUGGAGCUUUCACUGGGUUGCCUCAUGGAUUUCAAUCGUUGUUGGUGUCCUGAUAACCAUCCUUGCCCCUAUAGGAGGAGCACGCUCUAUCAUCCUCUCUGCCAAAACUUACAAAUUUUUUUCUUAG